AUGGAGAGCGCAGAGCCCCGCGUGCGGCCAGAGCGCCUGGCAGAGGCCGAGGCGCGGGCGGCCGAUGGCGGGCGCCUGGUGGAGGUGCAGCUGAGCGGCGGCGCCCCUUGGGGCUUCACCCUGAAGGGCGGCCGCGAGCACGGCGAGCCGCUGGUUAUCACCAAGAUUGAAGAAGGAAGCAAAGCCGCGGCAGUGGACAAGUUGCUGGCCGGAGAUGAGAUCGUUGGUAUCAACGACAUCAGUCUGUCGGGGUUCAGACAGGAAGCGAUUUGCCUGGUGAAGGGGUCGCAUAAGACCCUGAAGCUGGUGGUAAAAAGGAGGAAUGAGCUGAGCUGGAGGCCGCACUCCUGGCACGUCACCAAGUUCUCCGACAGCCACCCCGAGACAUCAGCAUCUCCCUUGCCCUCUACCAGCUCCUGCCCCUUGUGGUCAGGCCAGCACCACGCCAGCUCUUCGUCCCAGGACCUGUCGAGCGGCCUGUGGGAGCAGACGCAUCUGCAGCGCGCCUCUGACCACUUCAGCUCCCUGGGGAGCGUGGACAGCCUGGACCAGCCUGCCCAGUCCUACCCGUCCGGGCGCCUCUCGGCUGCCAAGUCCAACAGCAGCAUCGACCACCUGGGCGGCCCGAGCAAGCGGGACUCCGCUUACGGCUCCUUUUCCACCAGCUCCAGCACGCCUGACCACACCCUGUCCAAGGCGGAUGCCUCCUCUGCUGAGAACAUCCUGUACAAAGUGGGCCUUUGGGAGGCCUCCGCCGGAGGCAGCGACCGGCAGGGCCUGGCUGCCGGUGACGCUCAGUGUGUGGACGAGAGGCUCGGGUGCUUCCCCCCCAGGGCCCCCUGUGACAGCAGCAGGAGCCCCAGGCCCGAGGACAGUCCUGAGCCCAAGCUAGCUGCUUCCGGGAGGUCCAGUUUGGGGCCAGUCUGGUAUGUUCCCGAUAAGAAGAAGGCCUCUUCGUCCCCUCCGCCGCCCCCUCCCCCUCUCCGCAGUGACAGCUUUGCGGCCACCAAGAGCCACGAGAAGACCCAGGGCCCUCCGUUCUCAGAGGCGGCCACCGCGCACUACCCAACGGGCCUGACCCGCGCUCGGCCCCACAGCGACUGGAGACCGGAAGCGGCCGAUCAGCCGCAGAGGCCGGCGCGCCUGGGCGACGGGAGGAGAGCCGGCAGCUCGGGCCGUGCGCCGGGUGUCGCCCCGGACUGCGGGGCCCGAGCCCUCCCGGGGGCCCCCGGCCGGCUCCAGGCCUCCCUGUCCAGCACGGACGUGCGCUGCCCGCCGCCUUCGCCCGCGUGCCAGCACCCGCGCCACUCCAGCGACGAGAGCCCCUUCUUUCACGAGGGGCCCGGCGCCGCCACGUGGCUCAGGGAGCAGCCGCCUGCCGAGCGCUACGCGGAUGACGGCCCCGCUCCGGCGGGGCGGCCCAGCGCUGGCGACCAGAAGGCGGACUGGGGCGCGCAGAGCCGCUACUACUGCGUGACCUCCAGACGCGGCCCGCAGGGCGGCGCCCCGGCCGCGCAGCCCCGCUGCUACCCUCCCCGGCUCGAGGGGCCCCCGGGCGCCCGGCAAAGGGGGAGGGUGGCGCCGGCGGACAGGGAGGCCGGGGGCCGCUGCGAGGGAGCCGAGGAGCCGCCCGCGGCCGGCCGCGUGGAAACGGCGAGUGUGAAGAGGGUCGCAGGCGGCUUCGCGUGGGGCCCCGCGGGCGGCGAGAUCUGCCCCCUGCAGACGCCCAUGCUGCACUCGCUGACCCAGGAAGGGGCGUGCCGGCCCGAGGCCGGCCACGAGGGCGGCGACCCGGAGAGGCCCCCGGCCGAGGCCCCCGCGGGCAAACCCAUGCGGAGGAGCGACCGCUUCGCCACCACCCUGAGGAACGAGAUCCAGCUGCGGCGAGCCAGGCUGCAGAAGAGCCGGAGCACGGCAACCCUGGCCGGCGCGGCGGAGGGGGAGGAGGCCGCCGCCGAGGCAGAGGCGUGCGGCUGGGGGGUGCAGCCGGCAGGGGGCGCCCCGGAAGCCGCCUUCUCCAGCGCCUAUAAGGACCACCUGAAGGAGGCUCAGGCCCGCGUCCUGAGGGCCACGUCGUUUAGGCGCCGCGACCUGGAGCCCAGCCCUUCGGACCCCGACACCCUCCCUCGCGUCUGGGAGGCGGCCCCGGCCAGGCUGCCCUCGAGCGCCGGCGGCGCGCUGCACGCGCAGCGCAUCGCAGGCCGGAGGCGCUUCACGGCCGAGCAGAAACUGAAGUCCUACUCCGAGCCCGAGAAGAUGAAUGAGGUGGGGCUCGUGGGGGACGAGCACCCGCGCCAGCGCCCCACACCUUCCGACAAGACCGUGCGCACCUUUGCCGACAGGUGGAAGUUUUUUGAGGAAACCAGCAAGCCCGUAGGCCAGCGGCCGGGGCUGAGGCCGGCGCCCUGUGGGUUCCCCAAGGAGAAGCCAGAGAGGCCUUGGACAGCGGGCCCCGGAAAGGAGGGAAAGGUGGGGAGAUCAGACCCGCCUCAGAGGCUGGGAACCUUUGCAGAGUAUCAAGCCUCGUGGAGGGAACAGAGGAAAGUCCCGGAAGCCAGGAGUUCUGGGAGGUACCACUCGGCAGACAACAUCCUGGACGUGGGCCUGGGCCAACACGAGAGGCCACAGUGCGUCCACGGAAGGUCCCGGUCGUCGCCCUCGACCGACCUCUACAAGCAGGAAGCUUCUGUGGAAGUGCGACGGCAAACGGAGGACCCCGGUGCGCGCAGAGAGCUUUCUUCCUCAGUCCAGGCUGAGGAGGGAUGCCCCACCCCAAGACAAGCAGAUGCCCCGUGUGCAGAGGACAGUCCAGGAGCGCAGCGGGACCCCCAGGUCUCUGAACCAGCUGGCUCCCGGGAAGCUCCCGAGUUGCCCCUGGAGGGCCGUGGCCGGGCGGGGACCCUUCCUUGCGAUUACAGAUACCCGGAGGAGCGCGCGCCUGCGGACCGGGCUGCCGCCCCGCACGCCCGGGGGCAGGACCCCCGGCCCCUGAGCGCCGCCCCGCUCUCCCGGAGGCCUGCCCCGCAGCGGCCGCCGCCGCCCAGGCGUGAGCCCAGGCCCUUGGCGGGCGCACCUGCGGCUGCUCUCCUGGGCGCGCCCGGCAGGCCCCGCCCCCUGGCCCCGGAGGUGUGCUCGUGCUCGGACCGCCCGGCCCUCGCCCGCAGCAGCCCCGGCGCCUCGGCGGAGAAGCUGAGCGCCGCCCGGCCCGCGGCAGAUGGCCCGCGGGCUGCGGGGGAGCCGGCCGGCCAGCAUGUAGACGAGCGCGCAGCCUGGCCCCGGCGGGAGGCGCCGCUCCUUUCCAAGUUCCGGCCCCUACAGACCUCCGCCAUGGAGACCUCGCGCUCCCCGUCGCCUCAGUUCGCGCCCCAGAAGCUGACGGACAAACCCCCGCUGCUCGUCCAGGAUGAUAAUUCCACCAGAAUCGAGCGGGUGAUGGACAACAACACCACGGUGAAGAUGGUGCCCAUCAAGAUCGUGCACUCGGAAAGCCAGCCCGAGAAGGAGAGCCGCCAGGGCCUGGCCCGCGUCCCGGAGCCACCCGUGCUGCCCAGUGGGCUCGAGCGGGACCAGAUCAAGACGCUUAGCACGUCCGAGCAGUCCUACUCCCGCUUCUGCCUGUACAGCCGCCAGGGCGCCGAGCCCCAGCCCCCUGGCACGCCGGUGCCCACGGCCAAGGACAGCCGGGCCUCCACGCCCACGCUCAGCUACGUGAAGGCCAAAGGGAGGACUGCCGAAGACCUCAAGUCGGAGGAGCUGGCCCGCGAGAUCGCGGGCAAGGAUAAGUCCCUGGCGGAUAUCCUGGACCCCAGUGUGAAGAUCAAAACCACCAUGGACCUUAUGGAGGGCAUCUUCCCCAAAGACGAGCAGCUCUUGGAAGCAGCUCAGCAGCGGAGGAAGCCGCUCCCCAAGAUCCCCUCCCCCAGAACCACGGACGAGAAGAAGGAGGAGCUGAGUGUGCCGGCGGCCGUGUCCCUGGCCACCAACUCCACCUACUACAGCACAUCGGCCCCCAAGGCGGAGCUGCUGAUUAAGAUGAAAGACCUGCAGGACCAGCAAGAAGCUGGACCCGAAGAGGAUUCAGGGAGCGACGCUGACCACGACCUGUCGGUGAAGAAGCAGGAGCUCAUCGAGAGCAUCGGUCGCAAGCUGCAGGUGCUGCGGCAGGCGCGACAGAGCCUGCGGGAGGACAUGCAGGCCAACAGCGCGCUGGGCGACGAGGUGGAGGCCCUGGCCAAGGCCGUCUGCAAGCCCAACGAGUUCGACAAGUUCCGCAUGUUCAUCGGGGACCUGGACAAGGUGGUGAACCUCCUGCUGUCGCUGUCCGGCCGCCUGGCCCGCGUGGAAAACGCUCUCAACAAUCUGGACGACGGCACUGCUCCUGGCGAUCGGCAAUCCCUGCUCGAGAAGCAGCGGGUCCUGAUCCAGCAGCAUGAGGACGCCAAGGAGUUGAAGGAGAACCUGGACCGGCGGGAGGGCAUCGUGUCCGACAUCCUGGCCAGCUACCUCAGCCAGGACAGCCUGGCAGACUACGCGCACUUCGUGAGGAUGAAGUCGGCCCUGCUCAUCGAGCAGCGCGAGCUGGAGGACAAGAUCCACCUGGGCGAGGAGCAGCUCAAGUGCCUGCGGGAUAGCCUUCCGCCCGAGAGGGCCAAGUGA